ACAUAUGUAUAAAUAACAAAGUAACUUUGUGGCUCAUCAUCAUUUGUGUUUCGAACUCCUCGAGUGUGUGUUAGCUCGUCAAAAUUCAAAUACGAAACAAAUCACCUUCUGGCCUUUCGAGCAAGCAGCUAAUAAGAUCAAAAUAAAUACCGUAAAAAUGAAACUAAUCAUCCUCGCUUUCGCCAUAAUCGGUUGCGCCGCCGCCCAAUUCGACUCGGCCACACAAGGUCCCAACCCACAGGACAUCGCCACACCGGAACCCGAAUAUAUCGACAUCGACGAACCACUUCCCGCACCAGCCGCCGCGCCCAUCGCUCGUACCAGCUUCAUUCCCGCACCACGUCCCGUUGCCCAACCCAUUCCCAUUGCGGCACCAUCCUUUGUACGCGCACCCACCCAAGCCAUCCCCAUUGCGGCGACAUCCUUCGUACGCGCACCUACCCAAGCGUAUCUGCCACCCGGCAGCAGCCACGCACAAGGCGGACACGUCUUCAGCCCACAAGGCGGCUACCAAUACAGACAAGUGCGCAGACGUUUCGUCUAUCGUCGCCGUUAUUAGAGCGUUGCGCACACUCUUUACUGUUAAAGUAGCAGUAAAAGCAGAUACACACUAAUUACAAGAACAAGGAGUUAAUAGCUGUACAUAGAACCGUAUGUGUGGCUGUGUGUGCGUAAGCGCUUGCGCAUAUAUACACACACAACUACACGACUUCCAUUAAUUAUUUAAAAUAUUAUUAAUUUGUAAGUUUAAAUGUGAGUGAAAGAAACUCGUAAAAAUAAUAAAAAUAUAAAAACUUAAAAAUACUAAAGUAA